GCCUGGCAGUGUGCUGACCUGCAGAUGUCUUUGCGGUACAGUCGCCCUCUGAGCGGCCGCCCCAGUCUGAAGAAAGCGACCACCAGGAAGAAGCCACUAGCGCGGCAGGCCUGGGAUAGCUCAGUUCAAGAUCUCAAUGUCCACCGGGCCACCCCAGAGGAUCUGGCCCACAGACACGAGAUACACAAAUCCAAAAAUCAGCGGCUAGCGCAGUGGGAACUUCAGAAGAAUGUUUUUAAAAAGAAGUGGAGAAAACAAAAUGGAGGCGCUGCAGACCCGAUGGAGGAUAGAAGGCUGGCCUUGAUGAUGGAGAUUCUUUGCGAUCAGUAUCAGAUGAAGGAUGUCCUGGAGCGAUCAGACCGCACAAUGGCCGAGGUGAAGGACAUUUUCGGGGACGCCCCCCGCAGGCACACAGGUUUUCCAAAUGUCACAGUGGCUCCAUCAUGCGACUUGGAAACUUCUCGUGGUCCCAUAGCACUGAAAAGAGACCCUCCUACUCGCCUGUCCAUCCUUAGCGAGAGUGUCAUGGACUCCCAGGCUCUUAAUGAAGUGGAUGAGAGUCAGUCAGAGGACAGUGAUGAUGAGGUGGAUGUGUCCAUUAGUUUCCAGCCCGGCCUUAGAACUGACAGGGUUUACCAGAUAUUAAAUGAAGAGAGUUCCAACCCAGAAUCUCAUCACCAAUCAGAAGGCAAAGCAGCUGAUACAGACAACCCGUUUGUUACCCCCAAAAAUGUGGGUCACCCUACAAAUGGCCAGUUAGCAUUAAAUGCCACCACGGCUGUGAAGAGGGUGAAAACCCGCCUGAGAGAAGAAAAGGAAGAGCAACCGGAAGAUCCAAAAUGUGUGAUUGGCCGAAUACUGAACCCAAACCCCCCAAACCACCAUCGGGUACCAGCAAAAGGAAAGAAAAAGCGCUCUUCACGCGCCCCCUCUAGUCACAGGACGGAGUCUGCAGCCUCGGCUUGUGAGCUGUCUAGCUGCAGUCAGUCCAGUCUGGAUGUCCUGAACCAGAUGAUGCAGGAAGUAGAGGAGGAAUUGGAGGACUAUGAGAGGCAGACUGGCCGGGAGGCCGACACCAUGCCAAAGGCUCAGGGGCUGACCGGAUUCACCAUGUCCCUGGUCGGCUCCAUGCGGCGGCUCGUGUCUUGUUUGAAGGAGGGGGACCGACAGUUGCGUCAGGAAGUCUUGCAGCGCCAGCACUUGCAGGAGGAGCUCGAUGAGCAGAGGCUGCUGAUUGAUGCGCUUACAGCUGAAAUUCUCUCCAUGAAAGAAAACCGCUCUAUGUCUUCGAUGAGUCCGCAGUCCGUGUCUGAUCAUUCGCAGUCUCCCCCGGUGGGAACACUAAGAGCUCCUCCUGCAGCUAAACCGGAGCAGAGAAAAACCUCAACAAGUUCAUUGUCUGCCCUGAGUGCACUGAGUGUCGUGACUGAGCUCGGUCUGAAAGAUGUGGAGGAAGAAAGGGACUCGCCAGCUCCCCAUGCUGACAAACCUGCGGAACAGGACGUGAGCUUUCUGCUUGGUUUUCAGCCGGCCGUCUUGUUGUCUCCACCCCGGCAGAGAACUCGUGAGGAGUACAGUAAGCAGUAUUCAUGUAUGUACCCCGUGUGUGACUUCUGCAGUGCUAAGAGAACAA